AUGGCGCCACGACGCGCAGGCCAACCCUUCCGCCGGGUAGGCAAGCUGGGCAACACAUCCUAUGGCCCACGGAAACCGAAGACGGUCGAUGCCUCGUCACUACGCAGUGGUGAGGGUACCUCACAGAACGAGAAACUCGAAUCCACUCGCUUGGCAAAUCGCAUCGAUGAAACCAUGGGCUUCGCGCGCUUCGAUUCUGGCAAGAAGAAAGUCGGAUGGCUCGUCAACAUGCACUCGACAACGGUAGAAGACGAAGAAGUACCAGGUGGCAAAGCCGGUGUGGACUUUUACUUCAUCGGCGAAGAAGGCGACACAUUCAAAGCGACACUCGAAUACGACCCCUACUUUCUAUUGGCGAUCAAGAAGGGCAGAGAACAAGAUGUGGAAGAGUACUGCAAAAAGGCAUACGAGGGGUUGAUCAAAUCCAUAAAGAUCGUGGAAAAGGAGGACCUGAGUAUGCCAAAUCACCUGACAGGGUACCGAAGAAAGUUCUUGCAACUUACCUUCGCAAAUGUCAACGACUUGUUGGCUGUACGAAAGGCUGUCAAUCCAAUCGUAGAGAAGAACAAGAAGAACGUCAACGCGAUGGACACAUAUGCAGAGGUUGCAAAUGGCAACGGCGACUUUGACUUCUUUGAUAACGACGAGCACGAAUACGAGAAACGAUUUAUGACUACUGUUGACGCCAGCGAUUUUAUUUUAGAUAUCCGAGAAUACGACGUUCCUUACCACGUGCGAGUGGCUAUUGACAAAGACGUCCGAAUUGGAAACUGGUAUACUGUCGAGGCCAAGCAUGGCGUAAUAAGCAUCAAGUGCAUAGAGGACCGCCUCACACCAGCAGAUCCCGUCGUCAUGGCGUACGAUAUCGAAACGACAAAACUUCCAUUGAAGUUUCCAGACGCUGCCAUCGACCAGAUCAUGAUGAUAUCGUACAUGAUCGACGGUCAAGGAUUUCUCAUCACAAACCGCGAGAUCGUAUCGGAAGACAUUGCAGACUUCGAGUACACACCGAAGCCGGAGUACCAAGGACCGUUUAUGAUUUUCAACGAGCCGGACGAGAAGGCGGUGUUGGAAAGGUUCUUCGAACAUAUCAAGAUAGCUAGACCAACAGUCAUGGUCACAUAUAACGGAGACUUCUUCGAUUGGCCGUUUGUCGAAGCAAGAUCUAGUGUACAGGGUAUCGACAUGUAUCAAGAAAUCGGAUUCAGGAAGAACAGCGAGGAUAUCUAUCAGUCGGACUAUUGUGCCCACAUGGAUGCCUUUGCCUGGGUUAGUCGAGACAGUUACCUACCUCAAGGUAGUCGUGGUCUAAAAGCCGUGACAAUGGCUAAGCUCGGAUACGACCCAGACGAGCUCGACCCGGAACUCAUGACGCCCUACGCAGCCGAGCGACCGCAAACGCUUGCAGAGUACUCCGUCUCCGACGCUGUUGCUACUUACUACUUGUACAUGAAGUACGUACAUCCGUUCAUUUUCGCUCUGUGCAAGAUUCUUCCACUCGGACCGGACGAUGCAUUGCGCAAGGGUACAGGUACCCUCUGUGAGAUGCUCUUGAUGGUGCAGGCAUACCAGAAGGGCAUCGUGCUACCGAAUAAGCACAAUCCACCAAAGGAAGCUUUCUGGGAGGGCCAUCUUCUCGAGUCAGAGACCUAUGUUGGAGGUCACGUCGAAGCACUGGAAGCUGGCGUGUUCCGAAGCGACAUCGCCUAUAAUUUCGCUGUCGACCCUACGGCCAUUGACGAAUUGCUCAACGACCUUGACGCCGCACUGAAGUUCAGCAUCGAGGUUGAAGAAAAGAAGAAGAUGGAGGACGUAACGAAUUACGAAGAGAUCAAAGCUGAGAUCGUCGAGAAGCUCAUGCAGCUCAAGAACACGCCAAACCGUAGCGAACGGCCUCUCAUCUAUCAUUUGGACGUCGCGUCUAUGUAUCCUAACAUCAUGACAACUAACCGUCUGCAACCUGAUUCUAUGAUUAACGAGUCGAAUUGCGCGGCUUGCGACUUCAACCGACCAGGAAAGACGUGCGAUCGCCGAAUGCCAUGGGCCUGGAGAGGUGAAUACCUACCAGCCAAGCGCGACGAGUACAACAUGGUUCGUAACGCUUUAGAGAACGAGCAAUUUCCUGGAAGGUUUCCCAACUCGCCAAAGCGAACGUUCCAAGAUCUUUCGGAGGAAGAACAGGCUGCGCUUGUUAGGAAACGUCUAACAGACUACUCCAAGAAGAUCUACCAUAAAGUCCAUGACGCCACGACGAUCGAGCGCGAGGCUAUCAUCUGCCAACGAGAGAAUCCUUUUUAUGUUGAUACCGUCAGCGGUUUUCGUGAUCGACGUUACGACUUCAAGGGCAAGCAAAAGGUCUGGAAGGGGAAGACGGAAGCACUCAAAGCCGCCGGUGCUCCUGCUACUGAGAUUGAGGAUGCAAAGAAGAUGAUCGUCCUUUUCGACUCUAUGCAGCUGGCACACAAAGUCAUUCUUAAUUCUUUCUACGGUUAUGUCAUGCGAAAGGGAUCUCGUUGGUACUCUCUUGAGAUGGCUGGUGUCACUUGCUUGACUGGUGCUCGCAUCAUUCAGUUGGCCCGCUCGCUUGUGGAGCGCAUUGGACGACCCUUGGAACUGGACACUGACGGUAUUUGGGCUAUUCUACCAGCAACAUUUCCCGAGAACUUUGCCUUCAAACUCAGCAAUGGUAAGAAGCUGACCAUCUCAUACCCUUGUACAAUGUUGAACCACUUGGUUCACGCACAGUAUACCAAUCAUCAGUAUGAGACGUUAGUAGACCCCGAGACGUUCCGAUACGAGAAGCACAGCGAUAACUCCAUCUUUUUUGAAGUCGAUGGACCGUACAAGGCCAUGAUCUUGCCAACUUCCAAAGAGGAGGAUAAGAACUUGAAAAAGCGUUAUGCAGUUUUCAAUCACGAUGGCAGCCUGGCGGAAUUAAAGGGUUUCGAGGUGAAGCGCCGUGGUGAACUGAAGCUCAUCAAGAAUUUUCAGGCCCAGAUUUUCAAGUUCUUCUUGGAAGGCACGACGCUUGAGGAGACGUAUGGAGCCGUCGCAAAGGUCGCCAACCGAUGGCUUGAUAUCCUGGAUACUCGUGGAGCAACACUCGCAGACGAGGAGCUUAUCGACCUGAUUGUUGAGAACAAGAGUAUGACAAAGACAUUGGACGAGUACGGAGCGCAGAAGUCAACCGCUAUCACGACUGCUAAGCGUCUCGCUGAGUUCUUGGGAGAACAGAUGGUGAAGGACAAAGGUCUGAACUGCAAGUACAUCAUCUCAAAGACACCUAGGAAUGCUCCCGUCACUGAGCGCGCUGUUCCUCUAGCAAUCUUUUCGGCCGAAGAGUCUGUUAAGAGGUACUUCCUGAGGAAAUGGUUACGAGACGAUCCUGGAGAGAUGGACAUUCGAACGAUUCUUGAUUGGGAUUACUACCGCGAACGUUUGGCGUCCGUCAUUCAGAAGCUGAUUACUAUCCCUGCGGCGUACCAAAAAGUUCGAAACCCCGUGCCCAGGGUGCCGCAUCCCGACUGGCUUGACCGCAGAAUUCGUCAGAAGGAGGACAAGUUUCAACAGACAAAGAUGACGGACAUGUUCAGUAAGAAGGUGUUGACUAAUGGCGACGCCAACGUCGCGAACAACAAGCUGUCUGGAGACUUUGAGGAUUAUGGCUCGGCAAAGCUGACCCAGAACCAGUCCCAGAUGAAGAAGGGAAUAGUCACCAAGAUGGUGGCGAAGCGCAAGGAGCCUGAGCCUGCAGUGCCUAUCGUCGACCCAUAUGCCGCGUUGCCCAAAGUUAUGCCGAGCAUCGAUCACGACUAUUCCGGAUGGCUGAUGUAUCAGAAACAGAAGUGGAAGAUUCAACGAGAAGCACGGAAGCGCCGACGACAGCUGUUCGGAGAGAAGGCUGUUGACGCUUCUGAUGCAAUUGGCAGCUUCUUCAGAAACCAGGCCCAGUCUUUGUACAUCAGCACAUGGCAGCUUGUUCAAUUACGGCCAACUGAAACACCAGGCGAGGUUAGGGCUUUUGUUCUGAUCGACAAGAAGAUCCAUGCUCUCAAGAUCAUCGUACCUCGGACCCUGUAUCUGAACCUGAGGAGCGAAGAUCUUCCUGAUGUCUCAAUCAGUGGCUGCUCCGUGGAAAAGGUUGUCAAUCACAGUCUGCCCAACGGCCACCCGUCGAUCCAUUUGUUCAAGCUUCAAAUGUCGGAAGAGACAUACGUCCAGGAAGCGAAAAGCAUCUCUGCACUGUUCAACCACGCCAGUGUCGAGGGCGUAUAUGAGAAGCAAGUACCACUCAACAUCCGCGCCAUCCUCGAGCUAGGAAGUACCUGUACAUUCGAUGAGUCGCAGAAGGGUGUUCUCGGAAAAGGUCUGGAACAAGGUUUUGAUUUAUCGUCGCUGCGACAAGUAAAGACCAAAGAGUCAUACCUGGCUGAAGCGCCUUUCAACUAUCUAUAUCUGUACCAUGUCAGGAGUGGCGACCGCAACGUCUAUGCCAUCUUCUCGACAUCGAAGAACGAAGCGCACAUCGUCAUCCAAAACAAAACCAAAGAUUCUCAGAUGCCUAACGUAGACCGCAUCUACAGAGAUGCCCUGCAACGACGAAUGGAAGAUAGCAAUGGUGAGCCAUGGCAGACCAUGAUCGAGUACCAGGAAGACGUACAUUUCAAGACGACGAUGGUGACCACAAAACGAAAAGCUCUUCUUGAGAUUGGGGAUGCUAUCAAAAAGAUGAAGGCAGACGAGAGCGGGCCUAUCAUCGUGGUCAUACAGUCACCAAAUCAUGCUCUUCUUUCGCACGACAUUCCUGUUCUCAAGGAGUUGCCAAUCUUGCCACUUCACGCUGAUGAGUCUGAUAAGCAACUACCACCACUCGGCUGGCAAGCUUUCAUUGCCAGGCGACUAGUGGGACAUUACCUCGACCUCGGAUCCUGGAUUGCCCAUUUGUUGGAGCUUGCCCGCUAUGGAAACAUACCGCUUUGUAACCUUGAGAGCAAUGAUCCACGCUUCCUGAUCGACAUUGCGUACGCGCGACGUUUGCAGAAGGAACGAGUCAUUCUUUGGUGGUCCAGUCAGGCGAAGCCUGAUCAUGCAGGCUAUGAGAAGGACGAUAUCCUCGCACCUUUGGAGACAGUAGACAUGCCGUCGAUCAACAACCCAGGCACGUACUCGUCAGUGUGCAUUGACAUCAAUCUUCGCAAUCUCGCUAUCAACACUAUCCUGUCAUCUUCCUUGAUCAACGAACUUGAAGGUUCAGACUCUGUUUCCUUCAACCCUGCGGCCCCGUCUUACGACUCGACGAAUGAUGGAUCCAACAUCAUCUACUCAGAUAACGCUUUUGCCAGUGCCGGUAUCACGGUACUCCGUGAAAUGGUGAAAGCAUGGUGGGUCGAGGCUGUGAACGCUGGCCACGGCUUUAGCAUGGCCGAUGUCAUGGUUCAGCAUCUCGUCCGAUGGGUCAGUAGUCCGGGAUCUUUCCUCUACGACCGCUCUCUGCACUACUACGUACAAAUGAUGUCGAAGAAGACACUACAGCAACUCAUGACGGAUUUCAAGCGUGUCGGCUCGCACAUUGUAUUCGCUAGUCCAAACCGCCUGCUCCUCCAGACGACCAAAGCCGAAGUAGGGAAUGCGUACGCAUACAGCCAGUACAUCAUCAAGACCAUCAAAUCGAAACCUCUGUUCCAGUUCAUGGAGCUUGAGAUCAAGGAAUACUGGGACUACCUGGUUUGGUAUGACGAAUUCAACUAUGGCGGUAAAGGUUGCAGCGAGGUGAGUGAGGAUGAGACGCAGCCGGUCGAAAACAUCAUGUGUUGGCAGCUCGCACAAUUCUUGCCACCGAAGUUUCAGCCUACCUUCAACGACUGGGUCGUCGAGUUCAUCGAGCUUAUGCACGCACGAAAACGCCCUGGUAUCACGGAAGAUGGCUCGACGCCUAGAGUCACGCAGAUCCCGCUUCGGCCACUUACUGUGGAUCCGAACGAACAAACGCAGAUUCUCCCCAAGCAAUUUACCAGGCCUCUCUCUAAACAGAUGAACGCCUUCGCUAAGAAACAACACGCAGAGGUUUUGGAUCCUCUUUUCGCGUCCGAUUAUAUCUUCCCUGAACUUCCUGGCUCGCAUCUCAAGCUUACGAAUCCGGUCUUGCAACUUGUGAAGAGCAUCAUGCAAGUUUUGAGUCUAGACCGUGCCAUUUCUCUGGAAGCGCGAGCACUGCGAAAGGAGUUGCUGAAUCUCUUCGAUAUUCGCGAGUUCAGCGCAGAGGCAACAUUCGUCAACCCCAGCGCUGCCCUUGUCGUCAGAGGCGUCAUUUGUGAAGACUGUACAUCUUCACGCGAUCUGGAUCUCUGCCGCGACUCUUCUCUUCUCCCAGUCAUUCUACCCGACAGCGAUGCCGCCCCGGUCCUUCCCAAAUGGAAAUGCGACAACUGCGACUCAACCUAUGACAAGCGGCGCAUCGAAGAACAACUCGUCGGCGAAGUCCAAAAGAUGGUACUCGAGUGGUGUACGCAGGAUCUCAAAUGCGGCAAGUGCAAGCGGCUACGCAGUAAUGAGUUUAUGGAACAUUGUGCUUGCGCAGGCGAAUGGGUAGCUACGAAAAACAAGCAGGAUAUGAAGAGGAAGAUCGGUGUGUAUGGCAAUGUCGCAAGAUUCUACACAUUAGGUAUGCUGGAAGCUGUUGUUGAAGAGUGUUUGGAGAGUUUUUGA